AACACCCUUUUUGCAAAAACCCCCUCGAAUUUGCCAGACAAAAUUGAACACAUAUCUUUUGACUCGACAAGGAAUAGUAACCGAUGCAUUUUGGACUACAUUCAAUCCUACACUGGCCCUGACCUGAUCUCAAUAGCUGGUGGCCAACAGCAACAGUGUCCAUUAACCAACAGCGCUCAAGGUUGGAGGCUGAGUAUAGCCACAUCCUGCGGUUGAGGCCAUGUUGCUUUCAGUGUUGGAGUACAUAGGAACAAAAUUAAUUUGUCACCUAGUCAAUAAAAGCAACACAAAGUUCUCAUUUUGUUGGUUUGUUGGAAUCAUGACUCGAUUGGUGCUUGCGAUGCAUGAUCGUGGUGAGUGCAUUUGCGACACCAGGAUGACAAUCUAAUUUCUCCAAAUCUGUCCUCUUGACUUUCUUAAGGACAUGAAAUGUAUAUGAGAUCCCGAAUUCCACCAUAUUACCUCAGCGUCGGCUUCAAACGCCUUCGACACGACGCUUACUGGCCAAACCUCAGAUUGGACUUGGCAGAACCAUACUGACAAGCGAACAAGAAGUGCCCUAACGUUGGUCUUCAACAGAAAUUAGCAUUAUUCUUUCAGAUCAAGGGUAAGGCUGUUCAGAACGCCGUUUUCAAUCAGCAUCAGCAGCGAUCUCAGCACGGGUGAAGACAACAUGUGCGACUCCGAAGGCGACGAAGAUACAAUUGUCGUCAGGACUGAGUCAGAUAUGAGCUCCAGAAGGGCGAGGAAGAAACUCCCACAGUCGGGAGCCUCUGACUCUACGACCACCCAAGUGCCUAGUUCAAAGAUUCUUCAUGAGUCAAGGUCUCCAGAACCAAAGGUAGCACCAAGGGAUUCCAAGCUUGAAUGGUCACUCAAAUCUCACUGCCACAAGUAUUGGCCAGACGAGCCGAGAAACUUCAUCUGGCGAUACAUGCAUCGAAAUCAACUAUACUCACAACAUCCUCCAGAUGAGGAUGUGCUGAUCCUUGUACACGAGAUCAACAGCCACGUAGGAAUCUCUUUGACGGAUGAGCAACAGAGAGUCGUGUGUGAGAAUGUGAAAGCUUUCAUUGUAUCUUGGACGAACAAAUGGCACAGCGAGGGCUUGCUUAUCGAAUGCUGGCACCCUAAUGGUUUAUCGUAUCGCCGAAGUCCGAAGUUCAAUUCUCUGUUGAGAUUGGAUGCCAAAGCAGACUCUAUCCGGAUUGCACCAGGACACGCUGGCUUAGCUACUGGUCUGGUCACACUCGAAGUUUCUCAUCAUAGCCCUCAGAAGCGAGAUCGACAGCUUACCGACGAGAGUCGUCCUGAGAAGCGCAGGAAAUACGAUCACGCUAAAGCUAUCGAAAGGGAGAAAAGUCCUCCAAGAGCAGCAAACAGACUCCAAACACCUCCGGGUUCAGCAUUUGGAGAUGCCAGUAGUACUUUCGAGUCUCAUUUCCCUUGCUCAACCGAGUCCGAGACAAGCGAAUCAACCUCUCGCUCAGCACCUUCCUCAGGUUGGGUUGCUAUCAAUGACCAUAUCAGUUCAUUCGAAAGCAUUCAGCCAGCAAUAUCAGAAGAAGCGUCCCGGAAUACGUUAGUAGCCAGUUCAAAGGCUUCGAAAACAGGUGAACACAUGAUUCCGAGCUUACCAACUGCUAUCGACCAAGCUCCAUCUAGAGUUUCCGACAGCUCAUCGUCAUCCUCCGAAACUCCUACCACAUCAUCUCCCAUAGAUGAACCUAAAGUCUCAGUAUCUCUCUCACCAACAAUCCUUUUCAUCGCCCAAAAACGCAACCUCUCUUUCGACUUCACCCACCCGCUCCCUUCCCUCCGAAACCUCAAUAUUCCUGAUUUCUUCUCACUCUUCUCCACCCGCUCUGGACAUUCGUUAUCCCAAUUGGAUACCGUAACAUUCGAUAUCAUUUUUGCUGGACGCUCAAAGCUCGUGUUAAGAAGAGAUGACAGUGAGGUGUACUGGAGGAGCUUGAAGAGGAGAAUUAGUUUGAUGUUUAGGGAUGCGAGGAGGGGGGUGGAUGAGAGAUGUUGGGAGGUGUGGGUAAGAGAGGGGGAUUUUGAUCAGGAGGAAAGUGAGGGAGAGGAGGGAGGAGACGACUUUGAGGGGCUGUGAUUACUGUUGAUGGAUUGGUGUGCGGAGAGUUACGGUUUGCCAACUUUGUUGCUUGCACUCUUUUAAGUACAAGGAAAGAUUGGCAGAAAAUCGACUGAAGUAUUCUUCCACUGUAUUCGCAAUAGCUUCAGUGGUGUCGCAUCAUCGUCUACAUUAUAUUACAGAUCAUGCGCAACACCCUAGUCAGCUUUUGCACAACCCUACGGUCCCUACCUGAGGCAAGUAAUUACGCAUAUUUCAGUGCGUCUUGAGAAGAAAGAACUGUCCUAGUUAAAAAUCUAAACGCUUACAGUCCCCAAUACGGCCAUGUGAGAACAGGACAAGACAACAAAUUCAG